CGCAUUGAAUUCGCCUUGCCGUUGGCACAUAAGAUUUUUAUCGUUCUUCUUUUUGCUUGCUUUUUCGCUAACAUCUAACAUUUUCUCGUUCUCUUUUUCUCUUUUGCUUUGCUCAGACGGACACAAAGACCGAUAAGAAAAUAAUACAUCGACUGGCUUGUUCUGUUGUUCUUAUGUCCACAACGAGUAAAUAUGGAAACGUCAGGUUUGUCCUUCAUAGCAAAUCCACCGGAAAAUCCCAUGCAGCUUUUUCAAACAUGGCACAAUGAAGCGAAAACAAACAGUGACCCGAAUCUAUUUAUAGACACUAUGACAAUCGCCGGAAUGGAUGACGUCGAUGUAUUGUUGAAUCGAAAUGUGAUUCUUCGAAAACACGACGAUAAUGGAUUGAUCUUUGUAACGGAACGAAACACCAAAAAAUACAAGGACUUUGUAAAAAAUCCGGCCGUUGCAGCGGUAUUUUUAUGGAUUUAUAUGAUUGAAGGCACCGUUGUCUCUCGGCAGGUUCGUGUAACUGGAACGGUGAGUGAAUUGCGUGAAUCAGAAAUCGCCGAAUUUUAUUCGGAAGAAUCGGUAUUUGCUAAAAUACGAAGUAAAAUCUGCCGAUGCGGUGAGAAAGUCGAUUGGAACGAAUUAAAGGCAAAACAUGAUCAAGUCUUGCAGGAUUUUCUAAGUGGAAAUGAUACAUUACCGCAGACAGAUACAUACACCGCAAUGCGAAUUACACCAACAAAAAUGGACUUUUACUUCGCACGACGGGAUGAGAUAGCCGAUCGUAUAAAAUACACGCUAGAAAAUGAAAAGUGGAUAAAAUACCAUGUUGCAGCUUAAUCAAAUCCACGUACAUGUCUUUAUUCCGAAAUUGUAGCAAAAAAUAUAUUAAUUCUUGAUUAA